CUCAUUACGGCGAGGAAGGUGCAAGAUGGGCGACGAGAACGACGAUGCCUGCACGCCGCAAGUGACGGGAACAGCCCCCAUGACACCCAAACUAUCCAGGACGCAAUCGGACAUGAGUGGACUUGGUUCCGUCCAGCGGCGUCGUGUUUUGACCCACUCCAGCAAACGAGCGCUCUUCUCGUCCCCUGAAAGUGCUUUGGAUUCCGACUCGAAACGCGCGCGAAGUUUGACGGACGAGUCUGGGCGACGGCGAAAGCCAACGGCGUUCCAAGAGGCGAUAGCUGAUUCUGAGAGCAAUUCGUUCAAAGAGAAUGAAUUGCCCCCUGCCCUCGUCCCUAGCGUCAUGAUCAACCGCAGUCUAUCUUCUCCUGGACCCUCGACCCCGCUUCACGCGUACACGCCGCUCCUUCCGCUGAUCAAGUCUAGCAAACACCCCGAUUUGAACGUGAUUUCGCCGUCCACCGUCGAGAAGCUUCUGGACGGGACGUACAACGACGUCCUCCACACAUUCCACUUGAUCGAUUGCCGCUUCCAGCACGAGUUUCUCGGCGGCACGUUGCGCGGCGCGAGGUCUCUUGCGUUGCCCCAACACGUUGAAGCUGCCUUCUUCCAACCACAGGCGCUUCGGGCCAGCACGCGCACCGCCCUGAUAUUGUUUUGCGAGUUCUCUGCGGAACGGGCGCCGAAAAUGUGCGUCCAUCCCUUUCCUGGUUUGUCCUGACUCACUCCAUCAUGAAGGGCACGCCACAUUCGAAACCUCGACCGCCGCAUCCAUGCGGACGUGUACCCGACCCUCCAUUACCCCGAGGUGUAUGUGAUCGACGGCGGGUACAAGCACUGCUUUGAAUCCGUGAACCACGACGUGUGCCUUUCUCCCGCUGCUGCGUAUGUGCCGAUGAACCAUCCAGACCAUGUCGACGCAUGCAAGAUGGAGCUCAGUGGGUUGCGAUCGAGUUGGAAGCAACUCCGCAGCACGCCGUUUUCCAAGCGACAUGCCAACAAAUGGUGCUAACACCAGCAACUACUUAAGCAAUUCUUCGUGUUUAAUCCUUUAUUCCCACUGUCCCCAUUCGUCUGGGGCCCCAGUAGCCGCCGUAAGUGGCAGCGUGCUUUCAUCAUCGUCGUCAUCGCCCCAAUCCACGCCCAUGUCGUCAUCCGCCGCCACCGCCGCCGCUUCGGACGGGGCUUCCACGGCAGUCUCGUCCUUGUCAGGCACAUCCACCCACCCAUCUUCUGGCGACGGAGGUGCUGGAUGACGGGUCGACAGGUCCUGGGGUACGUCCUGCGCGGUUCCUACGUCAACCGCCGCGGCCUCCUCGUCCCGGUCGCGUGUAUCAUCCAUUGCAGCCUUGGUCUCCUCCUUCUCUUCUUCGUCCGCCAUGCUUGACUCUACAGUCCCCAGUGUUAUCACGUCAUCAUUUGGCUUGGGCAUGCUCCAUCAUCGCACCAAAACACGACCCAGCGGCGGCGGCGCUUCCUUCGUGCGUAGGCGAGUCCACAUCCCACGCAAUCUCUUCGUCGUCGUUGCCGCCCACU